AUGAGGUUUUAUGCACGCAAACUUUACGCGCCUGGUUCUUGUGUGUUCAGUGUUUGGGAAACAUUAAGCGCAUUUACAGUUUUUCAAGCCAAUUUGAACUGAAACACAAUGAGUAAAAAGGGUAAUGUAUCAUGGGUGAAGCCAGCCGAACCAUCUUUUUUGAAGAAAUUCAAGAAUGAUGUUGGUUUUAAAGAAGGGCCGACAGUGGAGACUAAAAAACAGCUGAUGCCGCAGUUGGAUGAUGACAGUGGUGACAGUGAUCGGGAGGACGAGAUGCCACAGGUCGUGGUCUUGAAAAAGGGAGAUCUGAGUGCUGAUGAGGUUAUUAAAAUCAAAAAAGACACAAAGGAUUCAAACAAAGAUGAACAACCUCCACCGGAUGGAAAGAUCGUCUUUAAGAAGCCUGUCAAACGCUCCUCUGAUAAAUUCGAAGGCAUUACUGCCAGCUCUAGCAAGAAGAAGAAAAGUGAGGUUGGGGAGAAGAAAGAAUCAAAAGCUGGUGUGAAGGUGAAGAAUAACAGCCUGCUGUCUUUUGGGGGUGAUGAUGAUGAUGAUGAUGAGGAGGAAGACUAGUUUGACAGGGAUACAUAUAAGCAUCUCUUUGAGUCAGAUUGUCUCUUGGACUGGUUCUUGCAGAGACCAUUCUGCUCUUUUAAACAUAUUUGUGUGUGUAAAAUACUGUAGAUGUUUGUGAAAUCCAUGCAGCUUGUUUGUUAUGAUAUAAUUUUGUAAAAUGUAUAAGUCAUUAUGAGCCUCUGGAGCAUCUUCAACAGCAGGUAGAAAGUAACAAUAUGAUUUUUUUGAUUAUCAUAAUCAUUAAUGAACGUAUGGAUCGAAAGAAAAAUGAAAACAUCUGGGUCAAUUAGAAAUGCAAUAUGGAAAUAUGGAACACAGAAAUUGAUUUCAAAGAUGCUCUUAAGUGUUUCAUAGAAAUCACUAUGAAAUCCAACAGGAUGUAAAGAUAUGGCUUCUAUAAAGGAGCUGUGCAGUUUCCUUUUUUAGUGUUGUUGUAGGUUUUUGUUUUGCGACCUGUUGACACUCAAAAUCCCUGAUUCUGGGACAUUUGGGGUUGUCUUUUAAUAUAUGCAUUUUAAGAAAAAAACAUGCAUUCUGGAAUAAAAUGUUUUUACCACCA